GUUGCCGUGAACGCUUCGUCGGCUUUGUACGAUUUUCCCAAUUGGAGGAGUUUACGCUGAAGAGUUUGUGAUUUUUCCUUGUUAUCUGGCCGGGAUAGUGAGCUCACUCGGGUCACAUAUUGGAGGCGAAUAUUCGCAACAGUCUCAGUGUCGAAUUCCUAACAGAAACGGGCUACGAUCCGGAAUGUGAGUGCGAAAAACGCCGGAAUGGAAGUGCAGCCCUGAAGGCGUUGUACGGUGCCGUGCAAUGUUGAGGAAAAGGAAAAUUCCACGGUUGAAGUGAUAACAGAAAUGCUCAGUGAAAACAGUGAUCAACAGCGGCAAGUGGGGCUUGAGUUUGUGUGACGAAAAUCGAUGCAGCCCGCACGGAACUAGAACGAGUGAUUGUCGUCCUGUUCCGCAAGUUUUUUCAAUAACGGGUGCCCCCCCUGUUCCGGAAAAUGACGGAGCGUAAGUUCACGCGGGGGCUGAACAAGCCGGGCAUGGCCGCCCAGCUCCGGGAAACCGUUUCCCAAGUGGUCCGCGAAAGUACAGUCCUCAACAAACCACUCCUCGUUGAGCCAAUUGACUUCGAAAAUUUUAUAUUGAAGAAUAAAACAUUAAUUCAGAAUGAUCCGCAACGAGAAUUGCUACUGUAUCCCAAUGAUGAUGUCUCGGAAGUCAUUCUACCCCGGAAGUUCCGGACUGUAUCCAGUACAAUUCCAAAGAUCAAUUGCCACAAUUCUUCCUCGUCAAACAGCCAUCAUUCAUCUUCCCAACAAAACGGUUCAGGGACGGCAUCGCAAACACCGCCCCAAUCGACACUGCCGCAUUCAACACCGGGCCAGCUAUUGACUCGUCAAGCACUUCACACAUAUCAGACAAAUAAUCACCUGGUCCACUACAAAUACAGUGCUUACAGUGGAUCGUGUCAUGAUCUGCCAAGGCUAUCACCAGCAGAUGAUUUGCGGCAGGAAGUCUACGAAAUUGACGCCGACCAGGAUCGUAUCGACGAACAGAUGACACGGUCGUUAGCUGAUACAAUAACGAAGCAAGGAUACCUUCUAAAAGGACCAGAUACAACGUCAGAUAGAAUGUUUGCGCACAUUGGCUCAAAGUCCUUCAAACGAAGAUAUUGCUAUUUACGGCAAGAAGUCGAUGGCACAUAUAUCCUAGAAUUGCACAAAGAUGAGAAACAGACUGAAGCGAAGGCAACAAUUGUGAUGGACUUUUGCACCGAAGUAGUACAGAAUCCGAAACGUGGUAGAUUGUGUUUUGAAUUACGAAUGACUGCCGGCCAUAAAUCGUUUACCUUAGCUGCUGAAAGUGAAGAAGACUUCAAAGAUUGGCUGAGCAAACUUCAUUCCGUGUUACAACAAAAUAAAAUUCAAGAAGACAAAAGAGCUUCUAGUCUAGAACGAGCCCCACCGCCCAGUCCCAAUGCUAUCGUAUUUGGCACGCUCAAGGGUCUCGAUCAAAGUAUGAAUCCGCAACUUAUCAAAUACGGCCGCGAGACCGAUAUUUCAAUAGCUCAAGCCCGCCGCGAAAGUCGACGCCGUCUCUUCGGGUGCUAUCAAAUGCAGCAUAAGGCCACACCCUCCGAGCAUGUGGAGCAAUACCGCGAACAAUUCGGAAAACGUAUCCUAAUAAAGUGUACAAGUUUGAAAUUUCGACUGCAAGCACCAAUUGGUGACGGUGAAAACGAGACUUUAUGCCAAGUUGAACCUUACAUUACGAGUCUUGCUCUGUACGAUGCCAAGGCAGGACGAAAAUUGACUGAGACUUUUUAUUUUGAUGUAAAUCAGGAGCAUGUACGUGAAAUGUUACCUAAAACGUGCGGAACGGCUGGUGAGCGAAACGAAAGUAAUGGUCAUACAACGCAUGACGAGGGGCUUCAAGUCAAUUUGAAAGUCCCGAAUGAAUGGAAGAUGUUUCCUCGACAAGCUUUACUAAGUGUCACGGCACCGAAUCCUGAUAUAUUUCUUGUAGUUAGAAUUGAGAAAAUAUUACAGGGAAGUAUUAAUCAAACAACAGAACCAUAUUUGAAAGCUGCAAAGGAUCCGAAGUUGGGAUUGAAGCUGCAUAAAACCGUGCUAGGAUGUUGCCAAAAGAUUGGACACUUUCGGAUGCCAUUUGCUUGGGCCGCUAAACCGCUAUUUCGGUUGUAUAGUAGCGAUUUGGACACCUCUAUUGAAUUUCCUGCUAUUUACCGGCAAGAGGGAAAUAAACUUAAGGACGAAGAGCUGUUGAAGUUGCUCGCGGAAUACCGGAAACCUGACAAGUUUAGUAAAUUGACUGUGAUACCUGGUUGGCUAAAUGUCAACAUUGAACCGGUUUCAGAACUGCCAAAUAAUACAUUAACUACAUCGCUUGCCCCGUUGAAACCUUUCCCGACUCCGCCCGCUAAUGAACCGACAUUUGAAAUUGCUGAAUUCGUAGGCAACACCGAACGUGAUGUUCACCCAUUUACCACAUUCAUUAACCACCUUUAUAUUUACCCGCUUAAUUUAGCUUUCGAUAGUCAGAAAUUGUUUUCGCGUGCACGGAAUAUCACCGUAAUCGUGGAGCUUAAAGAAAGCGACUCGGAAGACUCUAAACCCUUAAAGUGCAUUUAUGGUCGUCCUGGACAAGAUACUCUUGUCACGAACAUUUCAUGUCCCGUCCUCCAUCAUAAUACAAACCCGACGUGGUAUGAGGAGAUUAAAAUGCGGCUGCCAUUAAACAUUACAACCCAACAUCAUAUCCUGUUUUCUUUCCUGCACGUAUCGUGUAAUCUAUCAAAGAAACGCGAUGCAAAUGCCGGAUUCGAAACACCUGUAGGAUAUGCUUGGCUACCACUUUUACACAAAGGAAAAAUCAAUUUGGAAGAACAAAUGAUUCCUGUUGCGGCGACAUUGCCGAGUGGAUAUCUUUCAAUACAACCGCUUGGACUGGGGAAGGGGGUCAAUGUGUCAGUUGGAAAGUCACAUUUUCGUUUUACGAAGAAUCAGAAUUCCGGACCGGAAAUUCAAUGGAUCGACAAUCAGCGUCCUCUAUUCACCGUAACAUUUCGUCUAGAUUCAACUGUUCUUACAGCCGAUCAGCAUUUACACAAUCUUUUUGCGCAUACAGAGCGCCUGCUCGAUUCGCGUAUGAUUGCCAUUCCAGCGGAAUCGGAAACUUGCAAGAUCCUUAAAGCAGCCCAUGCUGUUCAUAUAACGUCGUUAAUAACGUUCUUGCCAACGAUAUUCGAUCUGCUGUUUACCCUUUUGGUGCAUACAAGUAGCGAGGAAAUCGGGCUUAAUGCCAUUCGGCUCCUCAUCAAUUUGAUUCACAUGAUCAUCGACGAAGCUGGACGAAAGGAGCUAUUACAAGCAUAUGUGAAGUAUGUUUUCUACUCACCUGGAUUCGGCGGUGCUGAGAAAGUUCGCAAUGGAUGUGGGGACAAGAAAAAUGGAAACGGCACGUUGGGUCAAAGCACAGUCCACGGAGAAUUGUGUCGCCAUCUACCAACUCUUCUACACCCCAACAACACGGACUUCUUAAUCGUCAAUAAAUUCAUGAAAUAUUCCGGGAUUCUAUUCGAUAUCAUCAUUAAGAGUAUGGCCCAACAUUUGAUCCACACAGGACGAAUCAAGAUGCAUCGAAAUGAACGCUUUCCAAAAGAGUUUCCGAGUCGUAUUGAAUCUCUUGUUCAAGUUUUGACUCCCUACUUAAUCUCACGCUACAAAGAUCUGCCAGUAGAAACUCAGCAUCUGAAUAAAUCUCUCUCUAUAUUCAUUAAACGAUGCCUCACCUUCAUGGACCGAGGAUUCGUGUUCAAAUUGAUCCGGUUUUAUAUGGAACGAUUUCAACCGGGCGACCCACGCAUACUACAAGAAUUCAAAUUGAGUUUCCUUCAGGAAGUGUGUCAACAUGAGCACUACGUGCCCUUAAAUCUCCCAUUCUUGCUGAGUCCUAAAAAUCGACCACCAGACUUGAUUCAACACUUCACGCUGUCCGAAGAGUUUUGCAGACAGCACUUCUUAGCUGGUCUGCUUCUACAAGAAAUCAAAUGCAGUCUGAACGAAGUAGGACAUGUUCGUCGAAUGGCUCUCUACAUUCUCAAGGAAUUCAUGGCAAAGCACGAUCUGGACGAUCGAUUCCAAAACAAGGGUCAAAUGUCAAGAAUUGCUUUGUUAUACAUUCCUUGGCUUGGCAUUGUAAUGGAGAAUAUCAAAAGGAUCACAGACAAAGAAAGCGAAGCAAACAAAUUCGAUUCAGUCUCAUUGGUAAACAGAAUAUCCUCGAGCAGCAGCUAUGUCUUCGCAAAGGAUAGUCCCUCAAGUACUCUCAACACCACCCAGAACUCAUUUGUUCAGAACUCUUCAUCAAGCACACCACGAUCGAAAAAUCGCAUAACAAUGCACUUUGACCAUCCCAGCCCGAUCAGGGCUUCCUUAUAUUUAAAAGAUACCAACUACCUAGCAGCCAUUGCGGGUCAACCAAUCGUCAAUGGACACUCCACCACCUCAUUAGAUUCUCAAUGCUCAGGCCUAUCGCAAGAUACAAACACGAUUCAAAACGAUAGUGAAGUCCAGCUUCGAAAUGGAGGAGGGACGGGCCAUGCUCGUUCAAUAAGCGUAACUCAACCUGCUAGCGUACCACGCUGUGACAAACUCCUCCCAGGAGAAAUCAAAGACAUGCUCUUGUGCUUCUUGUUCGUUAUCAAACACUUAUCACAAGAUCAGAUGCUUGCAUGGUGGCAAAAUUGUACGGAAAAUGAAAUAAUCGCGUUCCUAUCCAUCUUAGAUUUGUGCCUUGUGCACUUCAGAUACGUUGGGAAGAAAAAUAUUGUUCUAAGUGAUGGAAAAGAUGGACGAAGUGGAAGAUCCGCCAAAGCUAGCACACUGCCCGCAAGGAUGGUGCCACCGACAAAUGAGAAUGGAACUGCUCAUGAAACAGGAACAUUGAAUUAUGGCCAAAAUCGAGAGAAUCUAGUCGAAGAAACUGUGCGAACGCAACAAGCAUUGUACGAAUCCAAUAUGGCAACUGAGGUCGGUAUGAUCAUCCUGGAUUGCAUGGGCUUCUAUUCAAUACAAUUUCGCGAUAAACUUCUCGAGAGUCAAGUUCUUCCCAAACUGGCGCACGUCUACUUACAAUAUCUACAAUUGGGCCAAUCGGAAACGCUAUCAAAGCACGUAUUUGCCGCGCUACGUGCUUUCAUCAACAAUUUUUCUCCUGCCUUAUUCAAAGGCAAUGCCGUACUAUGUGGCCAGUUAGUGUACGAACUGUUGAAGGGCUGUGAUAGUCGGUUGACUAUUAUACGACAUGAAUCAUGUGCCGUCCUAUAUUUGCUAAUGCGUAGUAAUUUUGAAUUUUCCGGUCGUAAAGGUCUGACGCGAGUUCACUUGCAAGUUAUAAUUUCCGUAUCGCAAAUGAUCGGCAACGUUAUUGGAUUGAACAAUGCUCGUUUUCAAGAGUCUCUAUCACUAAUAAACAGCUAUGCAAACAGUGAUAAGGCCAUGAAGGGUACCGGGUUUCCGGUUGAAGUCAAAGAUCUCACCAGGCGCGUUCGCACCGUUCUAAUGGCAACUGCUCAAAUGCAAGCCCACCACAUGGAUCCUGAACGAUUACUAGAACUCCAACUCUCAUUAGCCAACUCCUACGCUUCGACCCCCGAGCUAAGACACACUUGGCUGAUUACUAUGGCGAGAAAUCACGAGCAAAGUGGAAAUAUCUCGGAAGCAGCAUGUUGCAAUCUUCACAUCGCUGCACUGAUGGCGGAAUAUCUCAAGUUGAAGGGAACCGGCGAACACAAGUGGGGAGCUGAGGCGUUUACUUCGAUUUCUAGAAAUAUUCCCCGAGAUGAAAAAGGUCUGAAACUGGAUUCCGGAGCGCAGGAUAAUCAAUAUUCAGAAGGACUUUUACUCGUUCAUCUGAAAGAGUGUGCUAACUAUUUAGAUCGCGCUGAAAGAUAUGAAUGUUUGGGAGCCUUGUAUCGUCUUAUCCUUCCAAUGCAUGAAAAGCAAAGAGAUUAUACUUCUUUGGCGCAAUGCUAUGAACAUUUAGCUCACGCCUGCAAUAAAGUGGUUGAGGUGAAUCGGUCUGGGAAGAGAAUGUUAGGACGAUUCUACCGAGUUGUAUUCUACGGCCAAUUGUAUUUCGAAGAAGACAGUGGAGUGGAAUACGUUUACAAAGAACCAAAAUUAACGUCGCUGAGUGAAAUCUCAGAGAGAUUACAUAAACAGUAUAAGGAUAAGCUCGGAGGGGAUGUUGUUAAAAUGAUAAUGGAUUCAUCACCAGUGAAUGUGAAUGACUUAGAUCCGAAAUUAGCUUAUAUUCAAGUGACACAUGUGAUACCGUAUUUUACGAAAGAUGAGCUUUCAUUUAGGCAGAAUGAAUUCGAGCAAAACCAUGACAUCGACACAUUUGUCUAUCAAACGCCAUUUACGAAGAACGGUGCAGCGCGAGGCAAUGUUGAAGAUCAAUGGAAAAGGAAGACCAUCAUAACAACACAAUACUCAUUCCCCUACGUCCUGAAACGUAUCCCAGUUAAAGGUCAUCAAAUCAUCGAACUUAGUCCAAUUGAAGUUGCGAUCGAUGAAAUGCAAACCAAAGUUUCCGAAUUGGAGGAAGUCAUUUUACCACCGGCUGAUGUUAAGAAGCUGCAACUACGGCUCCAAGGUAGCGUUGCAGCGACAGUUAACGCUGGACCCCUGGCUUACGCCACAGCGUUUCUGGAUCCAAAAGUGGUUGGCAAAUAUGAGAUCGACCGAGUCGAGGAUCUGAAGGAUAUGUUCAGAGAUUUCAUAGGUGUUUGUAACACGGCUCUACAAUUGAACGCCCGCAUGAUAUCAUCCGAUCAGAAGGAAUACCAUUCAGCAUUGAAGGAAAACUACAAGAAACUGUGCACAGCACUAAGUGAUCUGCUCGACGAACCCUUCACGCCUAUCGAAGAUGGUAUGGCCACUCAGCGCAAUAGUAUGGCUUUAUUUAGUGCAAUUAGUGGAACGCCACAUAACGGAAGUAGCGCUUAGAUGAAAUUCUAAAAGAAUAAGUAGAUAGAAUCGUAAUUUAGGGACUUUUUCUGCAAUUUGGAUCAGAAUCAGUUUUGAUGUCGCCGCCCAUACAUAACAAUGACAAAUAAAUGCUACAAUACUUGAUAUACACAAAUAGUUAAUACAUAGCUUGACAAUAGUCCUUCUUUUCCAGAGCAGUCGUGAUAGUUUGAAAACAUCGAGAUGCAUUUCAAAUGCUCAUCGUUAUCAAAAAUUCGGCUUUAACCCUUUCAGUUGCAGCGAUUCUGAUUCAAACUGAAAAAGCGUCAUAAACUAAAACUAGAACAAACUCGUAGACGACAGAUUCAUGGAAUCUCAAAAUUAAAACGAAUCACGCACAUAAUCUCGAAUAUUUCGAAUAUUCUUUCGACCAGCUGAAAACGGGCAUUUUACACAACUCGAAGCAAGAUUCGAAUAUACUCGUACAUAUUUACAAACACAAAUUUUCCUCCUUUUUUGUACAAAGCAAUGUUUUAUUGUAAUUACUAUCCCGUUAUUUUGAUCUGUGUAUUUUAAUGUUUAAGUGUUAAUUAUGGUUUUUAGUCUAAGCUGAAGUAUAUUUGUUGUUUUCACCGAAAUUCAUGAAUUUCGAUGGCUCUUUACCCAGUUUUGGUGGAAAAAUUCAAAAUUUACAAGAAAAUUUGUAUGAAAUUUUCGCUUUCCUGUUGCUUUUUAUAAUUUUAUCCUUUUAAUUUCUGGAGAUGCAUCGAAAUUAUUUCUGAUCUUUCUAUAUCCUGUCGCCGAUACAAAAACCAAAAUAUGAAAUGAAUGUAUAUGAAUUAUGCUAGAACAAUUAAUAUCGUGAAUAUAGAUGCAAUGAUUUUAGAUUAAAUGAAAUGGAACUAAGUAAAAUUAUCAUUAAUGGCCGAACGUAAGCAAAAUAUUAAACCAUUCGAGAGGGACCAAGCCCUCUCACUUAGCUCUUUUUAUACUACAAUCGAGUUAUAUUUUUCAAUGUUUAAGUAAAUGUGUAAUCAUUGUGAAUGUAAAAGUGUGAUUUUAAGAUAAACUGGCUAUUUUCCUUUGCAUUAUUUAUUGGAAAACCUUCCGGGGAUAAUCGAUAUUUCAUUUCAUUCGGACAGUAAAUUUUCAAGGUAUACAUUUCCCCUCGUGAUUUUGGAUUAUAUUCAUAUGCAUGAUUUUUAAUUUCAAUAAAUGUUAUAUGAAGAAAUAAACCGGGCAUUCCAUAACAAAAUCAA